AUGUCUACUAACGAAUCAAACGGAAACUUGACCUCGAAACCCGUCGCCAGGUUGUGUCAUCUCGUCAAAUGGCCGGAUUACGAUGGAUAUGGAUUUAACCUUCAUGCCAACAUGAAUAAACCGGGGCAAUUCAUUGGCAACGUGGAAGAAGGUUCUCCGGCUCAAGCAGCGGGAUUAAAAGAGGGAGAUAGAAUAAUAGAAGUUAACGGUGCCAACAUUAAUGGAGAAGUACACAAACAAGUCGUGAGUAGGAUCAAGGAAAAUCCAAACGAAACGAAAUUGUUGGUCGUGGAUAAAGAAUCGAGUGAAUAUUUUCAAGCGAAUGAUAUCACAAUCACGGGAUCCAUGUCUGAGGUCGUAGUCAUGAAAACGCCACACAGGGAAAAUCAAACAAUCGUGAACGGAAACAAAGAAGAAGAAAAAGAAAAGUCGACGCCGCCGCAAACGCCGAAAGAAACGGAAGAAGAGGAAAAGAAGAAGAAAAUGGAAAACAACGAGAAAACAAUGGAAAAAAUUGACAAUUCAAAACCGGAAACGACUGCAAUAACAACAACGACGACGACAACGACGCCGACGGCAGAAAUCGGAAACAACAAUCAUAAUCAUAAUAAUAAUAAUAAUCAUAAUAAUAAUAAUCAUCAUCACAAGGACGAGACUCCUCCUGUCGUCGAAACGAAACCGACGUCGAAAUUAAAUUUGAACAUGACCGUGAACGAGUACAGGUCGAAAUUGGCAUCGAGGAAAAAAUACGAUCCGAAAAAGGAAGCGAUGGACGUUAAGAAAAAACACGAAAUUAUCGACACGCUGUAG